AUGGCAAGAAAAAAUAAUAAAUAAAAAAAGAAGGCUUAACAUGAGUUUAUAUUAUAAAAGGAAUAAGAAGAAUAAAAAAAGAGGGAAUUGAAAUAACAGAAAAAAAUAGAGAAAGAAGAAAAUAAAUGGAUUGAUGAUUUGGAUGAUCUGGAAAUUGAUUCGGAAGAACAUGUCUUUGGGUUGAAGAAGAAAAUUAAAAAGGACAAAAAGAACAAGAAAACAAAGAAAGAAAAAUAAGUAAUGAAAAAACCAGAAAGUAGAGUUGAUUCUGCUCGUAGAAAAAAAAGAGAAAGAAAAGCAAGAAAGCAUCCAAUUAGUUAUAGCAAAGAAAUUGAAAUGUGA